GAAAAUUGUAAAUUGAUGGCAUUCCAAUCUUACCAGUUAAGAGAUGUGGGAAGAAAACGAUUACUUCAUGGCAGGCGACGUUUAAACACAAAUUGUACUGCAGAGUCUUUCGAUUCUGGAAUCUCAUCGUUAGAUACUCAUUCUCACAGGCAGGAAAGGAAAAUAAGGGUUGAAUUGCAGGUGGACGAUGUUCUCUGGUGUUGCGCUUUCAUUCUAACUCUCUGGUAUUUCGAGCUUCCGUUAUCGUUACUGACCGAUCCCCGAUUGUGCUUCAUCUCAUUUGGCUUAUAUUUAUCAUCAAAAAAUCGGAACAGUACUGGAAAUGAAUGGUCAAAAUAUCAUUCAGCGUUAUUUCUUUUGGCUAUGAUCAUGUUCAUGUUUUCGUGUUUUAUGUUUUGCAGAGCAACAUGGAUUAUGUGGAGUUUUUGGACAGUGUACAUUGUCUUUGUUACUUUUAUGUUUGCUGUCGUCGUUAUUUCAUUUCUCUAG